UACACACGAGAAUGUCUGAUGGUAUUGGCAGCAGAGGCAUUGUAUCUUGAGACGAUGGUUUAAAGAAUAAAGGAACCUGUUAUACAAAGCAGAUGUAACUAUAUUCAUUUAAACCUGUGAUGGAAUUGCCAUGAAAUAUUUCCAGAGGACAAAGAUAUUUGUUAGAAAUACAAUAUAAAAAUAGAGAAAGGAAAAGACAUCCUAAGAAAGAGAGGAAGUCUAUGGGAAAUGUCUGAGGUUUGUGCUGCAUUGAAUGUGAAGAAAGAAAGCCAAGGGAGUGGUUUACCUGAUGAGAUGUCGAAAAAGAAGAAGGGCAAAACUUCAUAUCACUGUGAUGUUUGUAAAAAGACAUUCCAGAAACAGUGUAUUCUAACUAUUCACAAAAAAUGUCAUUCAGGAGAAAAGCCAUAUCCCUGCGAUACCUGUGAAAAGUCAUUCACUCUGAAAGGUAACUUAGCUGUACACAAACGUAUUCAUACAGGAGAAAAGCCAUAUCACUGUGAUAUCUGUGGUAGGUUAUUCUUGUUGAAACAUAACUUAACCAAACACAAACGUAUUCACACAGGAGAGAGGCCUUACAGCUGUGAUAUCUGUGGUAAAUCUUUUACACAAAGUGGUGACUUAAAGGCUCACAAACGCACCCACACAGGAGAGAAACCCUAUUCUUGUGAUAUCUGUGGGAAAUCUUUUCCACAAAGCAACCAAGUUACUAUUCACAAACGCACACAUACAGGAGAGAGACCAUUUCACUGUGACACCUGUGGCAAAUCCUUCAGUGGAAAACAAGUGUUGAUGAUUCACAAACGUAUUCAUACUGGAGAAAAACCUUAUCACUGUGACAUCUGUGGUCACUCAUUCACUGGGAGUGGUCACUUAGCUGUUCACAAACGCAUUCAUACAGGAGAAAAGCCACAUAAAUGUGAUGUCUGUGGCAAAUCAUUCUCUCGCGUUCAUCACUUGUCUGUUCACAAACGCAUCCAUUCAGGUGAGAAGCCAUAUCAAUGUGAUAUCUGUGGCAAAUCAUUCUCUCAAAAACCUGCUUUGGUUGUCCACAAACGCACCCAUUCAAGAGAGAAGCUACAUUGUAAUAUCUGUGGGAAAUCAUUCCUUCAGGCUAAAAGUUUAGCUCACCACAAAAUAAAACAUGCAGAUGAGAAUCCAUAUCGUUGUGAUGCCUGUGGUAAGUCAUUCUUUCGAUUUUGUGACUUCAGUAGACACAAAAACACUCACAAGAAAGAAAGACAGUAUCACUGUGAUACUUGUGGUAAAAUUUUCCCUCACCAUUGUAGGUUAGUUAUACACAAACGUAGUCAUACAGGGGAGAAGCCACAUGACUGUGAUAUCUGUGGCAAAUCUUUCUCUCAAAAAUAUGAGACAGUUAUCCACAAACGUGUUCAUACAGGCGAGAAACCACAUCGCUGUGAUAUCUGUGGUAAAUCAUUCUAUCAAACAUCUGGCUUAAUUGUCCACAGACGUAUUCAUACAGGAGAGAGACCAUAUCACUGCGAUAUUUGUGGUCAAUCUUUCUGUGUACGUAGUGCAUUAACUUCUCACAAACGUACUCAUACAGGUGAGAAGCUAUUUCAGUGUGAUAUUUGUGGUAAAUCAUUCUCCCAGCAAUAUUCCCUGGUUGUCCACAAACGUUUACAUACAAGUGAGAAACCACAUCGCUGUGAUAUCUGUGGUAAAUCAUUCUAUCGAAAAUAUAGCUUAGUUGUCCACAGACGUAUUCAUACAGGAGAGAGACCAUAUCACUGCGAUAUUUGUGGUCAAUCUUUCUGUGUACGUAGUCAGUUAACUUCUCACAAACGUACUCAUACAGGAGAAAAACCAUAUCAGUGCGACAUCUGUGGUAAAUCAUUCUCCAAAAAUGAUGGUCUCACUAGACAUAAACGUACUCAUACAGGAGAGAAGCCAUAUCACUGUGAUAUCUGUGGUAAAUCAUUCUCAGAAUUUGGUCACUUAAGUAACCAUAAACGUACUCAUACAGGAGAGAAACCAUAUCACUGUGAUAUUUGUGGUAAAUCAUUCUCUAGAAGUAGUCUCUUGACUACGCAUAAAUGUAUUCAUGCACGUGAGAAUCCUUAUCCCUGUGAUAUCUGUGGUAAAUCAUUCACUGAUACUCACAACUUAACCAGGCACAUCCGUAUUCAUACAGGUGAGAAACCAUAUCAGUGUGACAUCUGUGGUGAAUCAUUCUCUAGGAAUGAUGGUGUCACUAGUCAUAAACGUGUUCACACAGGAGAGAAACCACAUCAUUGUGAUAUCUGUGGUAAAUCAUUCUCUGAAUCUGUUCACUUGACUUACCACAAACGUACUCAUACAGGAGAAAGACCAUAUCACUGUGAUAUCUGUGGUAAAUAUUUUUCUGAAUCUGGUCACUUGACUAAACAUAAACAACAUCGGAUCAAAUCAUAUGUUGAUCCAAUCAGUAAACUAUGGAUUUUACUCUUUGACAUUUAUGUCACCUGUAACCCAUACAACCACAAGACCAUUGAACCACCAAAAGUAACCACAAAAUUUCGGCCUCUUCGGCCAGUUGUGACCAGAGAAGUAGAGAUUGAGGAAUCUGGUGAAGACUUAAGCAACCCAAUAUCCAAUAUCGUUGUCAUACAAGGGGGUAUUGUAACAUAUUCCCGCCACUGUAUGACAAUAUGUUGUAUAACAAGAGACGGCAACAGAAACGAUGUUCGUUGCUCAUCUUCUGUCACUGAUUUUACUAGAAUCAGUCAAGACACAGUCCUCGCCACCCUCCCAUUUCGAAAGAUGAUUCUUAUUAUCAACCCUUUAAGUUUUGAAAUCAAAAGAAUUCAGCUAGGAUUAAUCUUGGUUUCUUAUUUGGAACAUUCUACGCUUAUAGGUGUCGAAAUGUUUGGUCAGACCAUAUACGUCAUUGACUGGGAAGAGGAUAGAAUAAAAUACGAAUUCAUAACCAAAGAAACACCUUCAGAUAUUGCUGUAGGAGCACAAAAUAAACUCUUAGUAUCCUUUUCCAAUAUUAACAGGGUUACCUGUUACAAUGUGGAUGGCCAGCAGUUAUUUGAGGUGGAUACCAAUUCCCUGGACAUUCCAAGCCACAUCUCUGUGUACCAAAACCAUUUUUAUGUCCUCCAGGGACAUAUUAUUUAUCGGAUAUCAGGUACAGGUGCUGUGACAACAAGAGAAAUCGGCAUGAAAUGCCGCCAUAUUUCUGUUGGCAAAGAAAACAUUUUUGUAACCGAUUAUUUUGAUGUCCUUCAUAUCAUUGGAACAAAUGAAGACUUUUGGCCCAGGCAGUCAUAUAACCCCCAGCUAUGGACCCCAACAUUGAACAACUAUAUUUAUAUUGAGGAUUGCAACAACAUUACUAAUAUUCUACCUAUGUCUACAUCUUCUAUAUUAAUAUUCUACAGGAAUAAUAAAGCUAUAUUAUUCACUGAGACUGGAGAAAUAAUUAACCAAAAUAAUUCAACUUUCCUUGAGAUUCCUUCUUGCUUUUGUAGAAUGAAUUCUAAAGGAUUUCUGGUGUUUUACCGUGAAAACAAAGAAUUUCAGUAUAUCACAUGCCCUGGGCUAAUGAAAGGCCCUUUAAUGAAAGUCCAUACUGAUUACAUUAAACUAUGUCAUGUUGUAUCAAAUAAGUGUCUGGCUGUGACCACCACUGAAAACAAAAGCGAGGUCCAUAUCCUUUUGAUCCACAAAGAUAAAGACCUGACAGUUUCUGAUAAAGCCAGACAUAUUCCUCUCCCUAAACAUUUGGGAGACAAAAAACCAGUGGAGAUUAAUCGUUUGAAUGGGGAAUACAAGAGAAUAUUUUUAAAUCAAAGAAUUUAUAAAGAUGAAGUACGAUUCUCCAGUAUAGACUGUAAAGGACCAAGAUGGUAUAGAUUCCGAUUCUAUGAGGAUUUAGGUACUAGUAGCGUAGACUGGACCCUGGUUGGUAACGUUGAUACAGACACUGAGAACGCAGGCGGUGACAUUGACGAGAACGGAAAUGUAUUUAGCGAGGGCAAAUUCACUGAAGGCGACAGAAAAGACGAAGACCAUUUUAACACUGAUGAAUUCUUAUAUGCUGACAUCUUUAACGGCGGCAAUUUAGCGGAAGACGACGACGAAGAAGCAUGA